AUGACAUUGCAUGACGAGAAUGAUGGCCUCACUACCACCAUCGCCCCGGACACAGACAAUUCCCCAGACCAUGUCGAUCAGAUACCGCAGCCCCAAGAAGCCUCCCUCCAGGCAGCCCAACACCAUUCCCUGAAGCACCAUCUACUCGGCCCUUCCCUGACUAAGGCAGGACAGGAUACGGUUGAUCAAAAGAAGGUCUCUGAGAUCAUAUACGAGGCGUCGAAAGGCUCCAAGUUCUUCAACAAUGAAGAAGUCAGGGACAGGAAUUUGACUCUAAAGAUCGAGCGGAUUCUCAAACACAAGGCACAACUGGAGAAGCUCGACCUCAAGACGGAUUUGCGCCGGGCAGAUGACUACAUUACCUCCCUCGAAGUGGCGAGAGACCUGUCACAAUAUGUCGUCCACAUUGAUUGUGAUGCCUUUUACGCCGCCGUUGAAGAGAUUGACCGACCUGAGCUCAAGAAUGUCCCCAUGGCCGUAGGGAUGGGGGUCCUUACCACCUGUAAUUAUGAGGCCCGCAAGUAUGGUUGUCGCAGUGCCAUGGCAGGCUUUGUGGCCAAGAAACUGUGCCCCCAGCUGAUCUGUUUACCCUUGAACUUUGACAAAUAUACAGCCAAGGCAAGAGAAGUGAGAGCUAUCCUCGCAGAAUACGACCCGCGUUUUGAGAGCUCCAGCAUCGACGAAGCCUACCUGAACAUCACCGAGUAUUGCCACACUCAUCAAAUGGACCCGGAGGCAGCGAUUGAACAACUUCGAAAGGAAGUGCACGAGAAGUGUAAGAUUACAGUCUCCGCGGGGAUUGCACCCAAUGCCAAAUUGGCCAAGAUCUGUUCCAAUAAGAACAAACCCAAUGGGCAGUUCCGAAUCCCCAAUGAGCGAGCUGCCGUCAUGUCGUUCAUAUCUGCACUCCCCGUCCGCAAAGUCAACGGCGUCGGUCGUGUCUUUGAGCGAGAGCUCGAUGCGAUUGGUAUCAAAACAUGCGGUGACAUCUACGUCCACCGGGCGUAUCUGUACAAAUUGUUCGGUGAGAAGGCAUUCCAUUUUCUGAUGCAGACAUAUCUUGGACUGGGACGCACCGUAGUACAGCCUGCUGAGGAGUAUGAGCGAAAGAGCGUGGGGACUGAAAGCACAUUCCGCGACAUGAGCAACAAGCAGGAACUUCGAGAAAAGCUUCGGCACACAGCCGAGGAGCUUGCAAAAGAUAUGGUUCGCGUCGAGGUCAAAGGCCGGACCCUAGUCCUCAAGGUCAAACUGCACACCUACGAAGUCUUCACCCGACAAGUCGUUACCCCGAAAGCAGUUCACCUUGCGGACGAUCUCUACAACUACAGUCUACCAAUGCUGGCCAAACUCGAGAAGGAGAUCCCGGAUUUCCGGCUUCGCUUGAUGGGACUACGAUGCACUCACCUAGUCAGCACCAAGAAGGCAGGCACCGAUUUCUUCCGUCGUAAAGUCAACAGUGACAACUUCUCCAAUGGGAAGCCUGCCGAUCAUGCAGAGUGGGAAGUUUGGCCAGAUUCAGAGUUUGAAGAAGCCGCGCGUCAGGAGAGGCAGGAGGAGAUCGAAGAGCUUGAGCGCCUGAGUCAAGAGCAGCAGCAUGAACCUGCUCAAGAGCAGGACCAGACCGUCCUUGCACCAGGCGUCUAUGUUUCCACCGCGGACUGGCACGAGCCGUUUGGCAAGUACAAGUACGGCAGCGAGUCGAACUCGCCGGCAGCAUCACCACAAAGCAAGCAUGGACGGGUGCUGAACAAAGCUGUAGCAACUGCCUCGAAAGAAGAACACAAAGAGGAAGCACUAUGGGAUUGUCCAGUCUGCCAACUCCCGCAGCCAGCCAACGACAGGGAGUUCAACGGCCACAUCGAUCUGUGUCUCUCGCGGCAGACCAUCAAAGAGGUUGUGGCCGAGACGAACGGAUCUGUCUCCAGGGCCUCUAGCAGAGCACCGCCUGACACGUCUGGGCUAGAAAGGCCGAAAUCCGCCAGUGGAUCGAAACCGAAGAGGAAGUUCGCUUCUAGCAGUCUAGACGAGCCGGAAGCCGUGGGCGGGAGAAGGCAAAAGAGACUCUUCUUCACCUGA